GAAUCGGCUCAUAAGAGUCAUUAAAACACUGGUCUCGCUGUGUGUCUCACGCUGUAAGAUUCAUUGGCAGUGUUGCGGUGCAUGGUAGUACGGGAAACACAGUCAGAGUAUUUCACCACAGUGUUCCUUCUGCAUCGGUGGAACAAUGAAGAUUCGAGAGCCGUUAACGGAACCGAGCGUCAUGUAAAUCAUUUGGUUAAGCUAUUUUGUUUGAAAAAUGGAACCGGUUCCUCGGUCCUCGGUUCAAAUCCCAAGACCUGAUAUUUGUCUUCCUUAUAGAUGGAGUAGCCUAUAGCCUAUUACACGCGCUCACGCUCGUCAAGUUUAUCAGAUAAUUGGACGUAAAGAUGGGGUACGACACCAGUUGCUCUCUUAAAAAUAGGUAACGUAAGGAUAUAUGAGGUGAAUGUUACGUUCAGAUAGCCUAUAUCUAAUUCUGAUACGCCUCUCCUGCUGGAGAAUGACCCCCCCUCAGCGCCUGUCGGAAUGCCGUUUCUCUCCGCGUGCACAAGGGCCACGCGCCAGAUGGCCACAUCAUAACCGACUGUGAUACUUGAUCCUAUUGCUCUAAAGCUGGACCCUUACUUUGCGGAUCUGAUGGAUUUAAAGAGGGUGCUGUCCUUUCCUCCAUAUCCAGGGGAUUAUUUGCACCCAGUGGUGUACGCCUGCACUGCAGUGAUGCUGCUCUGCCUGCUGAUUUCUAUCAUGACAUACAUUGUACACCACAGCAUAAUCCGAAUCAGCAGGAAAGGAUGGCACAUGCUCCUCAACUUCCUCUUCCACACUGCCAUGACGUUUGGGGUGUUUGCAGGAGGCAUCAACCAGAUCAAGUACCCUGUGAUCUGUCAAGUGGUUGGCAUUAUCUUGCACUACUCCUCCCUCUCUAGCAUGCUAUGGCUGCUCUUCACUGCCAGGAAUAUUUGCAAGGAGGUGUCCAAGGCUCCACCCAUACCUCAGGACAGGGACCUUCCCAACCAACCACGCCCUAAAACCACCAUCUUCAGGUUUUAUCUGGUCAGUGGUGGGAUCCCUCUAAUUAUAGUGGGCGUUACAGCUGCUGUUAACUUGGAUAACUACGGUAGCAGAGAUGACGCCCCUUACUGUUGGAUGGCCUGGGAGCCCAGUCUUGGGGGCUUUUACGGUCCCACUGCCUUCUUGGUCUUGGUAAUGUGCAUCUACUUUCUAUGGACAUUUGUGCAGCUAAAGCGGCACCCGGAGCGCAAGUACGAGCUCAAGGCCAUGACCGAAGAACAACAGCGUCUAGCCGUAGCUGAAAUCGGCCAUUGCCAUGCUGUCAGUGGAGAACCAGGUGAGCACAGCGAUCACACAGGCUGCACAGCCAUCACAGCCUCCAUGCUGGCCAACGAACACUCUUUUAAAGCUCAGCUGAGGGCCACUGCCUUUACUCUCUUCCUCUUCCUGGCCACCUGGGGUUUUGGAGCGCUGGCCGUAUCACAGGGACAUUUUCUAGACAUGAUCUUCAGCUGCCUAUAUGGAGCAUUUUCAGUCACAUUGGGGCUUUUUCUGCUGAUUCAGCACUGUGCGAAACGUGACGACGUGUGGCACCGGUGGUGGGCCUGUUGCCCCAACAAACCAAAGGUGGAGGUCAACGGAGAACCGGCGGGGAGCGCUGCUCCUCCUACUCAAAGUCACAGCCAUACACCAUCCCACGGCCAGAACCAAAUCCACUGUCAGGUCGACUCGUCCUGCCUGGGUAAACCUUUGCUUUCCCCACACCUACACUCCCCUUUGCCGCACUGCAAGUUGGGUACUCUGCCCUCCCCCCAGAACCACACGAGCACCUGCUGUGCCACCCUUCACAGCCCCUCUUCCUUAAUCGGGAGCACGACUCGCCCGCAGUCCCUCCCUGAUGAACUGCCCCGGCCAACCCUUCCCCUGCAAAGCUGCCUGAAGGACAGGUCUAAGACUCGUUCCUUCAACCGACCUCGGCCCUGCCUGAGGGACUAUUCUUAUCACAUGACCUCCACCAGCAUGGACGGCAGUGUGCACAGCUCCCACCUGGACAGCCCCCACAGUGUGCACCUGGACAACCCUCUCACCUGCCACACGUCCCACUUGGACACUCAACUGUCUUGCCACAGCCCCCACCCAGACAACCAGCUGCGCUGCCCCAGUCCCAAUCCUCACCUUGAGAGUUUGGCUUCGCACGGCCUUCAGGAUAGCCUCUCCUGCCAUAGCACACACUUGGACAGUCAGCUCUCCUGCCACAGACACAUGUGCUGUGCCAAAGCAGACCCAUUCUCGAGCAUAUGCUGCCAUAAAGCUGACCCGUUUGUCAGCCCUUGCCAGGUGGAGGAUCCUGACACGGGUCCGCUGGUGUACAGUUGUGCAAAAAUGGCCGAUAAAGAAGAUGAAACCAUGCUGCAUUUGGAUAUAACCCCUCCAAAGGCCACUCUGCCGUGCUCCCAGGCCACGCUUAGCAGGAAAGGCACCCUCAGCCGGAGAGGGACGCUGAGUCGGAACAGUAGUCAGCAUGAGGACUACGUACUUACCUCUGAUUCCACAGGUAACAUUAGGACUGGACCUUGGAAAAACGAGACAACCGUGUAGACCUGUGAAUGAUGUGCUAACCUGUUUCUCUCGCCUGAGCUAAACUACUGUGUAGUCCCAGGGCUGUUACCCAAAGGCCCUCUCUUCUUUGAGCUAAGCUACUGUGUAGUCCCUCUGCUGUGACUUCCCCUCUCUCACCCACCCCAUAUACCUUCUCUUCACCUUUAAAGAGGUUUGAACCUCUGCUUACCUCCUCUUAGACUUCAUCUCAUGUCUCAUCCCAGCUCCAUUCGGUGUGUCCUCUUGCCAUUUUGAUAUGGCAGCAAAGAUCACAUGACAUACAUUUUAAUUCGGAUGAUUUUUUUUAUAAUCAAACUGAUUUUUGUACAUGUGUUUUUGGGUAUGGUAACAUAAUGUGAAAUUAUGUCGUUGUGGAUGUGUGUGAGUGUGUGUAUGCGUUUAGUAGGUGAGAAAGUACUGAGUGCAUGUGUUUGUGUCUAUUUGCAUGUGACAACAUGCUUGUGUGUAUAUAGAUAGCAAGAUUUCCAUUCAUGCAAGAAAAGUCCUCUGUUCUAGAGCCAAAAUCUCCCACAUUUGUGUUUAGCCUUUUAAUAAAAAAUGAUAAAUAGAUCGGCAAGUGUGAAAACAUCAGCACGUUGAUUUUUACUUUUAAGGAAAACUGUGAAUUACCACUAAUGAAAUUAAGAUUAAUCAAUGAACAUAUAUGUGAGUUUCAGUAUAUGUGCCAAACAGUAUAGUAAUUAAAAUACAACCCUUAAAAUUGAGAUCUACCCCAAAGUACAAAGUAGUUUGUGAUUAUGUGGAUAAUGGUGUGUGGUUGUCACAACGAAGCUGUCAUUUUUUUCGUCUACAGACAUAAAAGCAGCAAACAAAUAGGCUCCCUGUGUUUCCAUGGUGAUAAAUCAUGAAGAGAGGUGCCCAGUCAGAAUGCAUUUUGAACUGCACAUGUGAUGUAUGCACAUACAGUAUUUAAUUACUGGCAAUGAGGUGCAGAUCAGUUCAAGUCGAUGGCCUUACAGAACAUAUCAGUUUUGCAUUGAUCAAAAGUCUUAUGUUGCACUAAAUCAUUAAAGCAUGCUCACCAUAAUGUAGAAAGCAAUCAUUUACAUAUACCUAACGAGCUACAUAUAGCUACAUAUAUUCAUGUGAUUGACAGGAACGUGUCUUAGCUCAUGGUUAUUUAUUCUGAGGCAAAAAAAUAAUAAUAAUAAAAAAUGGAGGGCUUCACUUUUUACAUUAGAAGAAAGGAUUCUCAUUAACAGUUUAUAUCACUGUGCCAACUCACCUUGCUCACAAAAAUUGUCUGAUUUAACUUAAUGGAAGCUCAUCUGUCAAACAAGCAGUGAGUAAAUGAAGACAAAAAAAAAUGCUUCUCUGCCAACUCAUAUUGUAAAUAAUUAGGCACAUUGAUUCA